AUGUCUUCGUCGAUGCCAGGCUUGCCACCGUUACCAAAAAGCCUGAGUACCAUAAAUUUAAAUGAUACUGCGACCGAGAGUAAACGAAGCACCAGCUCCCAUAGUCAUAAGUUACCUCCUCCACCACCACCAGGUCCAAGACAGCCGCCACCUCCUCCGCCUCGUAAACAGACCAAACUUGAUGUCCAAUUGGCGAGGCUUCGAAAAGAAAUGUAUAGUUUAAGGGAGCUCGAUCUCUCGCUUCUUUCUCAACUUUGGUCGCUUAACGAAGCAAUUCAGGAGUUCAGGACAAUGCAGGAAAUGCUAAGUCCUAAUUCACCCUCGUCAGAUGUCGAAGACGAUGCAAUUUAUUCUAAUCUACCUCCUCUUCAUGAGCAGAGCGGUUACCAUCUUUCGAGUAGUUCUUCGCGUUCUAGCAAUAAUGGAUUUACCGAACUUUAA